UUAACAAAGCAUCACCGGUGUGAUCUUUCAAAACUGUGUACCUUGUGAAGAAUUUCGAGAAACGAUAUUCGCUUAAGCGAAGCCGUAUGAAUAAAAGCGUUUGCUUUACUCAUCCCGUGCAAAUCUUACGGGAGAAGCAGAGUAACUUCUUUUAUUCAUACGGCCUAUGGUGAAAACCAGAACUGUAUAGUUCUUGGCAACAAACGGCACAAAAACGGAACGAAACGAUAGAUUUUCUCUUUGCGCGACUCCAUAUACACAUAGACUCUGUUGAAAAUAGUAAGUAUGAAUUGUCCGUCUCAAUCAUCUAUUUCGAGCUGCUCAUCGGAAUGUGAGGAAUUAUUACUUGAAUUAAUAUCAGCUAUCAAAAAAUUACGAAGCCAUACACGAUUUAAGGAAAAAGAUUGUUUUGAAAGGGCAGAAAUUUCCGCAAAAGAAAGUGAUUUUGUCUGGCCAUCGCACAAACUGAUGUGGUUACAUCGGACCAUUAAGCAAAUUUUUGUGCAUAAAAUAAAAGUAUUUAGCAAUCAGAAUGUUCCCGAUGUAUGGAAAGUAAUUAAGAGUCUAAAAUUUUCGAAUCCAGCUAUAUCUCUAAAUGUGAGCCGCGAAGUUGAGGGCUUAUCAAAUAUCGAAGAUAAAGGACUGUUAUGGAUAUUUCAAUGCGUACAGCAGCGAUGUUUAUCAGAAAACUUGAACUGGCUCAUUACUGAUAAGGAGCAUAUGAGUUUGUGUUACGAAAAAGAUGCAUUUCUGCGUAACGAAAGAUAUGCAGAUGCAAUGAUGGUUUGUUUCAAUGCACUAGAACGGGAUCAACCUAUACUACUUUCUCAAAUCGAUCCUUGUUUAUACGCUCAAAGUCAACGAACUUUCUUUACUACAAUGAAACGUUCAGAAUCUCACCCUAAUAUGGUAACAAUGACAACGCUAAACGAAAAAGGGGAAAUAAAACGAAGGCAGACGUUUUACUACGCGAAACGAACCGGGAUUCAAAUGAGUUCGUAUAGAAAAAAAAUUUCACAGAGUUUACCAAAUAUCCCAUUCUGGUAUUAUUGUCAAUCUGACCCGGUUACAGCAACAAGCUCGCAGACUGAUGAAUUAUUUUCGGAUAUACAAUAUGCGCCAAGUGUUCCAAAAUUUGAAUACUCCGUUAACAGUGCUCCGAAACAAGCUCCAAGUAUAUUGAAUUGCGAGGAUAUUAAAAUUUACACUGAAUCGACCAGCUGUAGUCCUGAAUCGCAGGGUUGUUGGCAUAGGCAAAAAAAUGAUAAACAAAGUGAUGCCAAUUACACACGUUCUGAUUUAUUUAAUUUAGCUUCUUUCGGUAGCCCCAGAAUAUUGCUAAAUGAGUUUAUUCCGCAAUGCGGGGAAAAAAUUAACAAUUUUGGUGAUAACAAUACUGUCAAUAGUGUGCUGAAAGAACUACCAUCUCGUCCUAUUCCUGGUCAAAGCUUAACCUCAUUUUUGAAAACUGUGUACUUCUCACGCACUAAUACUGAACUGGACAGAGAAAACGCUCAUUUUAGUCUAUCGGAAGCAUUAAUUGCGACGUUCGAGCAGCUUAAAUGGAACGAUAGCGACAUUACUGGAAGCUAUAAAAAUGAGCAUUGUCAGCGCUCGUCGAUAUCCGACAUUUGUUCAUCCUACCCUGGUUGUUCACAGUUCGAUACAAGCAACCUCAAAAUUUCAAAUGAAGCUGUAUCCAAUGUAAGUCCGUCAAGUGCUUCUGAAGAUAGUACGUCAACGAUGGCAUCUGCAUUAUCCGAUAGUAAUAGCAGUGGGUCAUGUGAAUCAUCCUUCAGAUAUCGUUAUAAAACAGCGAAAACUGGUUGUCGUUCGCCCUCUUACGACGACGAAGACUUGGAAGCAAUUGAAGCAAAUGAAUGUGUGAACGAUGUGAAAUCAUACUCGGCAGAAGGAGUAGCACUUAGUUUGCUUUCCAAGUUCAACGAUAAGCAAUUGCCAUCCGCAUGUGAUUUGCUAUGGCUGGUUUCCGAGCAGGAUGCGCCACAACAAAUUCUGCCAAUGCCCACAGAUGUCCAAAUAGUUAAUCCAGAUGAACCAAGCAGUAUGAAUACGAUUAUUCGUGGAACAAGAGAGUGGGCCCCUCCAAGACCACAAAUUAUUUUCACCUACAUUAAUCCCAUGCCAGACCGUCGAACACAAAUGGCAAAGCAAAAUUUUCGUUGUACUGGAUGUGGUAUGAAGGUAGCCCCUGCCUAUUCUAAUCGAUUUAGAUACUGCCAUUACUUGGGUAAAUACAACUGCUCUGGUUGCCAUAAAAACCAAAUGUCAGCAAUUCCGGCCAAAGUUAUCGAACGGUGGGAUUUCACAUUUCAUCCUGUGAGUAGUUUCUCAUACCAUUUGCUAAAUGAUAUUGCGGCAUGUCCGCUGUACAGAAUUAAUCAUCUAAACCCAAAGUUAUACGAGAAAGUUCGUAUUUUAUAUGCUGCACGGUCCGUAAGGAUAAACUUGAAAUAUAUACGAGAUUUUAUUAUUAAUUGUCGUUUUGCUGAAGACGCGAAACUCUUAUUAAACACAAUACCAGAUCAUUUAACAUCUGAUGUAGAUAGUUGGUCCAUGACGGAUUUUAUUUCAGUUAGAAAUGGUUCGUUUCAAAGGGAAAAAACAAAUUUGAUAAGGUGCUGCGAAACGCAUAUUUUGGAAUGUGAGCUUUGCCUUGCACAUGGGUUUUUAUGCGAAAACUGUGAUCGAAAGGAGAUUAUAUUUCCUUGGCAAAAUCGUGUAGUUAAAUGUAGCAAGUGCGGCGCAUGCUUCCAUGAAACAUGCUGGCUCCCCGACUGUGUUAAAUGUGAUCGUUUGCUGAGGAGACGAUUGUCGAGAAAGUAGAAUUUAACUUAAAAUUUUAUCCAUAUUCUCAGUAUUUUCUAGUUAUAUUAUUAUAUAAACGAUUAUUGACAUA